AUGCUUGUGAAUGCUUUAAAUGCUGAAGUCACAAUGUAUAUAACUGAUUUUGAGGAUACGUCCUCCCUAACAUGGUUUAAUAUGAUUUAUGGACAAGUUAAUAUAUAUGACAAUAUCAGAAAUCAAAUUGAUUUUGCUACUUCGAGAAAAGAGCAUAAACUUAAAAAUGAUUUUGCCAAAUUGGCUACUGUUAUUGUUAGACCUUAUGGUUUGUGUACGGUUGAAAAACAUCUUUAUAUCGAUGGAGAAUCCAUUAGUGCUUCUAUAUUUGAUUUUGGUUUAUACUUUUUUCAUAAUACUAAAAAACUAGUUGAAAUAGGUAAAGGUCUCUAUUUUUUAUUUACCAAAGAUAGAGCAUCAUUUAGAGGUGAAAUGAUGGGAUGA